GGUGUUGCAAGCCAGGUUAGUGGGGUGCUGGCAACUCAGUCAUUGCUUUAUGCUGUUGGAUUGGGAAAAGGUGCAAUUCCCACUGCUGCUGCCAUUAAUUGGGUUCUCAAGGAUGGAAUUGGGUACCUCAGUAAGAUUAUGCUGUCCAAUUUCGGCCGCCAUUUCGAUGUUAACCCCAAAGGCUGGAGGUUGUUUGCUGAUCUGCUUGAGAAUGCUGCAUUUGGUUUGGAGAUGUGCACUCCUGCUUUUCCACAGUUCUUUGUGCUGAUUGGUGCUGUGGCCGGCGCCUCCCGUUCCGCAGCCGCCUUGAUUCAGGCAUCAACCAGGAGUUGUUUCUUUGCUGGUUUUGCUGCUCAAAGAAAUUUUGCUGAGGUAAUUGCCAAAGGUGAAGUACAAGGAAUGGCAAGCAAGUUUAUCGGUAUCGGGCUUGGUAUAGGAUUGGGUAACUGCAUAGGAUCCUCCACGCCUCUUGUUCUUGCAUCCUUUGGUGUUGUGACUUGGAUUCACAUGUACUGCAAUCUGAAGUCAUACCAGUCAAUUCAAUUGAGGACUUUGAAUCCUUAUCGUGCAAGUUUGGUUUUCAGUGAAUAUCUACUGAGUGGCCAGGCACCUCCAGUUAAAGAGGUCAAUGAUGAGGAGCCAUUAUUUCCGGCUGUACCCAUAUUAAAUGCAACGUUUGCAAAUAAAGCAAAAUCAAAUGCAUUGUCAUCUGAAGCAAAGGAUGCGGCUGCAGAAAUUGAACGGCGUCUAGAACUUGGGUCCAAGCUUAGUGAAAUUGUCAGCAGCAAGGAUGACGCGCUCGCUCUGUUCACGCUUUAUAAAGAUGAGGGCUAUAUCUUGUCAGAACACAUGGGGAAAUUCUGUGUUGUUCUUAAGGAGAGCUGUUUGCCAUUGGAUAUGCUGAAGGCGUUGUUUCAGGUCAACUAUGUAUAUUGGUUAGAGAAGAAUGCGGGAAUUGUAGGAAGAGGAGUCGUUAAAGAUUCCAAACCUGGCGGGAAGCUGCACAUGUCCCUUGAUUAUGUAACACGGGAAUUCGACCUUGUCAGAAGUGAUGGGGAAUCAGUAGGUUGGACCACGGACGGCCUCAUUGCGAGGCCAUUACCAAAUAGAAUUCGUCUGGGCAACAUGGCACCCUCAGCGAGUAGCUGAUACUGUCAAGGUUUGGUGGUUUUCAUGCAUGGGCAGUUGAAUUGCCAUGAAGAAGCAUGGUGGAUGAAGAUGUGGGAGAGAUCAAAGUGGAUUAGCUGGUUCUUAUCAUCUUUGUCCAUUGUUGGUGAUCAGCACAUCAAUGGGUCCAAUGGUGUGGAGAGACAUAGAGCUAUAAAUGGUUGGAACCCUAAAACACCACACUGCAAAGAUAUCAAUUUGAAUGUGAAUGAUGGACUGACUUUUGAAAGGGUCAAACAAUGGCCAUGAAAGAGAUGUGUGCAUGUAAUUGUGAAGAGAAUUUGAUAUUCAAUACAUGUAGAUGUGGUUUGCUCAAAAUCUCAACACAAAUAGAAUUGAAUGUUUCUCAUAAACAGUGAUUUGAAAUUAAGUGCGAAAUUUGCCCCUCCAA